UUUUUUGACCAGAGGACUCUGCAAAUAAAGUUGAAAUAUAUCUUGCUUUUUAGCAACCUUUGAAAUGUUGUCUAUAUUAGACUAAAACCAUUGGAGUUCAAAAUAUUCCACAGUGGCUCUUAAUCCAAGGAUGAUACUUCAAAGGAAUCUGAGCAGUUUUGUGGGAGCCAAAUUGAGAACAGCCAAAAUUACUCUUCCUGUGCCUUUUCAGGAUACACAAAUCCAAACUGGCUUAACAAAAUUCAAGUCUUUGGUUGUAGUUGUUAAAAAUAAGAGAGAUUCCCAUUUCUGCUGUCCAUCCCCGUCCCAUUUAACUGGAUACCACUGAUAACAUUCACUACAGGAUAACUCAUUAAAGGGAAGAAUCCUGGAGAAAGGAGGGAAUUAAAUUCCCACCAAGUUGUGGUACCAGGUCCAUUUUCCCCAGGUUUGGUUUUCUGUCUCUGAUUCCCAGCCCAGAGCUCAGCAGUUCCCCUGGGGUUCCACUCAGAGUUCAGGAACACCAGUGGGAUCUGAGCCCCUCCUCCAGAGGCUCUGCCAGCCUGGAUGAGUCCUUUGGUUGUCUUGUUUUCUGGAAAUUUCUUUUCUGGAGAUCCAGACACACUGAAGGCUCUCCUGAUGGAGUGUUGUCGCACAAAAUAAUUGAAUUUUCUUGUAGGGAAUCCCCCAAAGCACGGGGGUUUUGGGAGAUCUGUGCCUUCCUCCCCUGCAGGUGUUUGUCUCUGAAUCUCCUGUUUUUCCUGGUUUUGUUAGGCAGGUCCAGGGCCGCUCUGGGGCAGGGCAGGCUCUGUGCUGAGCCACCUGUGGAGCCUGGCAGGCGCAUUUCUGUGCAGUCUCUGAGCUCUGUCCGAGCCGUGCAAUAAUUCAGCCCCGUUCUGGUGAUGAAUUCUCUGCUCCUCAGGGCUGGAGAGCGGCAACACCUCGGACCAGACUAAACGGGCACUUAACAAGGCCCAGCGUAACGGGGCUCCCCCGGAAUUACCCAGCACAUUAACGCCAAAUGAGCUCAUCCUGAAUUCAUUAGGAAUGAUUACUCUGAGUACCAGAGGAAUUAAUAAUCAUUAGCAUUUCCUAAGGAGGGCUGCCGAAGAACUGCCAGAUACAGGUCCAGGCUUUCCCCAGCAGGUUUGGUUCGGAGGGAGUCAUUAACGGGAGCUCUGUGCCCACUGGAGACUUCCCACUGCUAUUCUGGGCCCGCGCUCCCAGUUCAGUUGCGAUCCAGCACUAAAAGCACUUCAAAGCCGGCACUGCCUGCUUCAGUCACUGCUGGAAUUACCUCCCUUAUCCUCGAUUUGUCUCCAGGUGAAUCUCCCUGGCUUUCUGCAGCUCUGCUGAAAGUGAAUAAACCUGGGAGGCUGCUGGGAGCCACCCAAGGGCAAGGGGACUCCACAGACAAAAGGAAUGCAGAAACGCUGUGUUAUUAUUUUGUGCAGGCAAACUCUCAAAGCAAAGAUAUCCAAGGCUUUGAUUCGGCUCUUCCAGCUCCCUCUGUUCCCAGCAGCAUUUGAAGCCUGGGCUGUUUUGCAUAUCAGAGGCAGCUGACUGGGGAGGCAGAGCGAAUUCACUGCUCACUCUGGAUGACCUUUUCCUUUGGGGAUGAGCUUCCACAAGAGUUUUACUUCUCUGACAACUUAUUCCUGUUCACUGUCUCCAAAUGCUGCACGCUUGGCAUUUACAUCAUCCUGGUACAUUCAAAUACAGCACUGAGCUUUUCUGCAUAACUGCUCCUUGUAACCAGCAGAAUCACAUCAUGGGAUUAUGGAAUAUCCCAUCCAUGUCUGUGUGGAGCUGUCAGCAGUUUUGUAUCUCAUCGUGGGGCAGCUAUCAAUAUAAUCUGAUCUUUAUGGACAGGGAGCACAAAAGCUCAAGUACUGUUCAUAUAAUCUGAUUAUCUCCUUCCUUUUACACAAGACUGGGCUGCUUUCCUUAUCCAGUUUGAUCUCUCUCCCAAGGUCCCUGUGCUGUUACUCCACCAGUGAAUUGUCCCUGCAGGUUUUAUGUCUCAGGAGAGUUCAUGGAGCUCCCUCCCAAGGCUGUGCCACCCCUGCCCUGCCUCCGGGGCUGUUUGCUCUGCUGUGCCCUCAGCACGGGGGUCCAGCUGGGAAAAGUUCCCUGGCACUGAGUUCAGCCAUCUUGUGAUUAAGCUGAAGUGUUAAUUAACAAACUGUCAAAUAUAUUUUCAGGAUAGUCAGAGUCAUUUUACAGCCACUUUUAAAUCAAACGUGCCCAGGAAACCCUGGUGGUGACACAAGUUUCCCCAGAUCUUUCUGUGCAGAGCUGAGAACUGGUGCAUGGUCCAUUUUUAUUUUUCUUUUAUUCCAUCCUGAAUGCAAAACCAGUGAAAUCUUAAAAGUAAAAUUACACCAUUUUGUUUAAAUCUGCACUAAAGGAAAGCUGAGCCUUUGGCCUUGAUUCCUGCUGAUCUCCAGGUUAUUGGCAAGGAUGUACAAUUGCCUGAUAACCUCGAUUCCACGCAGGUCGAUGGCACUGCUGAGUGACUCACGGGGGCUGUAAAGCUCUGUUUGCAGGGGUGUGGGCCGGGUGGGCUGAGAGCUCGGCUCUAUAAAGGCGGGCUCAGCCCGGCCGAGCCAUCCUGCUCCAUCCCGCCGCUGUUCCACCCCCCCAGGCCCGUCCCAGGGAACAAUGGCAUUCACAGGCAAAUACGAGUUCGAGGCCGAUGAGAACUACGACGCCUUCGUGCAGAAGAUUGGUCUCCCCAGUGACAAGGUUGAAAUGGGACGGAACUGCAAAAUUGUGACGGAGGUGGUGCAGAACGGGAACGACUUCACCUGGACCCAGCACUUCCCCGGAGGCCGCACCACCACCAACAGCUUCACCGUGGGCAAGGAGGCAGACAUGGAGACCAUGGGCGGGAGGAAGUUCCAGGCAACUGUCAAAAUGGAAGAUGGGAAACUCGUGGCUGAUUUCCCCAACUACCGCCACACUGCAGAGAUCUGCGGGGGGAAGCUGGUAGAGAUUUCUACUUCUUCUGGUGUAGUCUACAAAAGGACCAGCAAAAAGAUUGCCUAAGGCAGCAAGUUCAGUCUCUUCCAGUGCACUGAAAGCCAACAAUAAAAUAAAUAAAAUAAAGUUCUGUCUUUGUCUCUUUCUUGGUAUUGCAAACAUCCUCAUGUUAAUGCUUACCCCAUCCUAAAUAACUGACAGGGGUGGAACAAGAUGAGAUUUAAGGUCCCUCCCAGCCCAAACCCUUCUGUGACUCUGAUUCUCUGCUCUGAGGGACACCAGUGGUGCUCAGAGCACCCCUUUGUGCCCUGAGAGCAGCCCUGAACCUUAAAAUCAAGACCUUCCCAUCACUGCCUGUACAGACCAGAUGCCUUUGCUGGUAGAACUGCCUUGAUGGGGCUGAGA